GAACAGCACCCCUGGAAAUCCUUAAAGACGAUGGCAUUGUCAUGUAUUUAAUAAUGGUUUUACGUGACAUCUCGCAAAGUGUUAAGCUAAAUUUCAUACGCAGAAGAUCGGCCUCCAAACAUUUAACCUUCAUCAUCUUAAUGAUAGAGGAUCCGCUGUCCGUAACAGAGAAGUGGCUGUACAGUGUCUUUGAAAACUUUUGGAAUAUGCGUAUUCUGAAUGUGGCCGUCAUCUAUUAUCAUGCAGAGAAAUUAAACAUUUAUCGUUAUGAUCCUUUUCUGCACAGGCUCUUUCCGCAAACAGCUACGGAUCACCGACAUCAUAAUCUAACAAUAAGAGACAUUUUCCCACGAACCCUAUUGAAUAUGAGAGGAAAGCCAUUGCGCAUGUGCAUGUAUGAAGAUGGCAUACGUUCUAUGUAUGAUAAGCGUGGCGUGUUAAUGGGAUCGGAUGGUCUGAUGUCCAGUUAUUUGGCGGAACGUUUAAAUGCUACACGCAUUAUUAAUUGGGUGAAACCUUAUGGCAAUGCCUCGAUCAGUAGAGAUAUCUGCUUUAGAGAAAUUGUAGAGGAAAUAGAUGAUGUUGCAUUAAAUAUUAGAUUCUUAUCGUUGGAAUCUUUCUACAAGAGAGCUGAGUAUACUGUUGUUCACAGUCGUGAUGAUUUGUGUGUCAUGGUGCCGAAAGCUAAAAUAGCUUCCUCAUUUUGGAAUCUAUUUCGCUCAUUUAAUAUGGGAGUUUGGUUUUUGAUUCUAACUACUUUAAUAUUUGCCUGUGGAUUUUGUCUAUUUAAUUAUCGUAAAAUAUGCUCCAAUAGUAUGGUUAUAUUGCAGCUGUAUGCCUGCAUAAUGGCGAUGCCAUUUCUGAAGCUAUACCGACCGACCUCAUUACGUAUCUUCUUUUGUGUUUGGCUGGUGUUUGGCAUGCUGAUAUCGGCUGCUUUUAAAGGCAACCUCACGGGCAACUUGGUGGAUCGUCAAUAUCUACCCGAUGUUAAUACCAUCAAGGACUUGGCCGAGUCACCCUAUCCAGUGGCUCUAGUGCCACGUCAUCUUAAACACAUGCACCGCUACAUAGACUCUAAGAAUAUGUAUGGAGUCCUAUUGAAAGACAAACUGGUAGAGGUACCCGAUUUACAAUUUCAUUAUUUGAUAAAAACUAACAAUUUGUCCUACGCCUAUUUGCUUAAGUAUCAUGUAUCCGUAUUUCGUGUAAACUCAAGAAAGCACUCCAAAAAGGGUCGACCACUUUUCCAUGUUAUGAAGCAGUGUAUUGUUCCAUUUCAUGCUGUUUAUAUUGUUCCCUAUGGAUCACCAUAUUUGGGUUUUAUUAAUACGUUGAUGCGUAAGGCCCUGGAAUUUGGUUUAAUCAACUAUUGGGACCGUUUGAUGAAUGCAGCUUUUCGCAGCUCAAGAAGAAGUAUUGCACGAAAUAGACGUAAUGACGACGAUGAGCCUGUAGUUCUCAAGUUGUAUCAUUAUCAGGCGGUAUUUUGUUUUCUGUUUGUGGGUUUGGCCAUGUCAACGGCAUGUUUUCUUUUUGAAGUCUUGAGCACGCAGGAGUUUAGACAGAAAUUUAGAAGUUUUUAUGCAUUUUUAAACUUAGAGCUUUAAUUUAGGGGAAUAAAUGGUUUUAAAAGCCUU